AUGACCAUAACUACAGGAAAACACUUUGUUGUUUUCCCCAUGCAGAUGUGGGGCCAUACCCGCACUAUGUGCACCCUGGUUGCUCGCAUGGCCAAACUAAGGAAUGUCACCAUAACGUUCUUCAUCAUCUCUGGAUUCUAUGACCGAGUCAUGGCCGAGAUUUCGCGGGAGUUCCUUCCUGGGGAAGAGUAUCUGUCCGCCCGCAUCAGGGUGGUUGCUCUGCAACACAACAAAAGCGUGGCCAUCACCAAAGACGUAGAGGCAGCAUUUGAAGCCGCUUAUGUUAAGAUGUGCAACGGCGAACCGCUCACAUGCGCCAAGACUGGGAAGGAGAUUCCCGUCCAUCCUAUGCGGGUCAGCGUCGCAAUCAUCGACAUGUUCAUUCCAGAUGCAUUCGAGGCUGUUCGAAAGCACACUCCGGACACCGUAAAGGUCUUCGUUUGGGUACCGGUGGCGACCCAUUCGUUUUUCUUCUACUGGGCGGAAGACCACGUGGAUUCAGUGGAGGCCUCAGCUGCUCAGAGAGGAAUCUCGUUCGAAGAGGCGGCCCGAGAGAUCGUGCAGCCAUCUGGUAAGGUGAUGCGAUCCCCUUUGACCGGGGCCAUAUAUGAUUAUGAACUACAACCUCAAGCGUUCCCAUUAUGGUUUUCUGGUACCCUAUUGAAAAUAGCGAGGGUCAUGCAGACUGCCCAUGGAAUGCUCACUUUCGAUGCAGCCGAGUACGAUCCGAAAACAGCGAAGGCGCUCAAGGCAUGGUUCGGAAAGAGUUCGCGCAAAGCCUACUACGCCGGUCCGCUAAUUCCGCAAGGGACGGAAAACACUUCGAGCGACCCGCGGGCCGAUAUUAUACGGAAGUUUCUGGAUGAGAAACUCGCAUUAUACGGCAAGCACUCGGUCGUCUAUGUGUCGUUCGGUUCACUGUUCUGGCCUACAGACACGAACAAACUUUGGGCGGUACUCGAGGUUCUCAUGGAGAGGAAUAUCCCAUUCGUCAUGAGCUGUGCUGCCGAGUUUGCGUCAGGGAUACCUGAAACAUUACAGGAUAAGAUAGCUCAGUUCGGUCACGCCAUCGUGGCGGAAUGGGUCCCUCAGCAGGCACUAUUGGAUCAUCCGGCAACUGGCUGGUACCUUUCGCAUGGCGGCCACAACAGUACCAUCGAGUCGAUCAUGGCGGGCGUCCCAGCCAUCGUGUGGCCCAUUAGCGCAGACCAACCCGUCAACGCCAUCUACCUCUCUGAGGAUCUCGAUGUCGCGUACGAGCUCAUCGAGGUCCGAAACGGUACUGGGCUGGGCAAGUUACUCCGCAACGGGAGGGUGCCCGUGGGGACCAUAGUCGCCGUCAAGGCCGAGAUGAAUAAUGUCCUCAGCAGUGCGUUUGGGGAGGACGGUGCGCGGAAGCGGGCGAAGUUGCAGAGUCUGCGGAAGAUCCUGCAGGCUUCUUGGAACGAGGAAGGAGUCGCUCGGCGCGAGGUGGAGGAAUUUCUGGAUGACCUGUGA